AUGAAGGGAUAUGGUUAUGCACAUAAAGCAAACCCUUUUGAAAUCAUCACAAAUGAUAAUUGGCCACAAAAUACUGGUCAAUUCAAAACCCCAACAGUACUAAAAUAUGAUGAAUCUUUUAAAGUUUUGAAUUGGGGUCUUCCUGCAUUAGCUGAAAAACCUAGCAAAAAGAAAAAGUCUACUAAAGCCGUGACAACAGAGCUUUUCAAACUUCAUCUUGCCAAAAUGACAGAUAAACCACCUUUACCAGAUAAAUUACAUCAUAAACAAGCCAUAACAGACUAUCUAUCUCAACUUAACAAAUCAAUUAAAGAAACAAUAGAUAGCAGAUGGCAAAAUAUCGAUUUCUUUGAUAAUGUUUUACUUAUUUUAACGAUUCCUGCAGAGUUUGAUGAUAGUGCUAUUGCAACAUUGAGAGAAUCUGAAGCCGCAGCAAUUUAUUGUAUGAAAGUUCUUAAAGAACAUAAAUUAGAAGUGGGAGGUUUGUAA